CAUAAUAGAGCUAGCCAUAAUGGACAAAAUGAAGGACACAACCACAACAACAGUAGCUGGUGGCGUUCCGGUUGGCGGAAGUAGUGAAGGCGGCGGCGGUGGAGGUGUAUUACCGGCUGCUGGAGAUGAGUUUCACAGUGAGUUCUAUAAUACGGGGAGAAUCGGCCGACGCAAUGCCUUGCCGGAUAUACUUGGUUCGCACUGCACCACCACAACGGCCGAUCUACCGACACAGAUGGGAGCGCUGUCUACCUCCGAAUGUUCCAACAAACCCCCCAACAACAGCAAGACACCGACCGGCAAUGGUACCGCGAUGAUAACCAGCAACCCAACGAAUUCAUCCACCGGCGGAGGAGGUUCAUAAAAUAUGAAAGCAACCACCACAACAGGUAGGAAACAGCCCGAACGUAGAAGAUGAGGCAGAAGAAGAACAACAGAAACAAAAAAAAAACAACAACAAAUGUUAGUCUUAAGGCACUUUGAUUCAACUUUACAAAGUCUGCUCUCUGGAUGGAUGGCCGUGCUGCUGCUACGGCGUGUGGCGAAAUCAAUUUCUACAUAAAUUAUUUAGUAAUCGCCAAGAAGAGCCUUUCAAACCCAGUGGAAAAGUAAAACAUGAUUGAAUCACUAUUCCGUUCUCGAAAUAGAAGGUGGAUUGUUCGUCGUUGGAUAACACAGGAGGCAUCAAGUGCAGUUAAUCAGUAGUAAAUUAAUGGAAAGGAUACACAAACCGCAGCAGGUAUUUCGCUUAGAGUUGGAUUGUUUUUUUCUCGUUUUGGUAUUAUAGGAGUUAGCUGUUCUUCGCAAGACAUGUAGGACGAUCAAUACGAUAAACCAAAUUGGCCAUUGUCUUUAAAAAUUAUGUUUAGUUUUGAAUGUGAUUCCCAAGGGUUGAGAUGAAAGAGAUUACUUUGAACUGUAUUAGAUACGAAACAAACCUGUAGAUCUUAGUUUAGAUUAUAGCAUAUGAUAUGCCGCACACUUUGCGAUAUCCGUAAUUUUACUCGUAUAUUCUUUAAAGUACAAAUAUUCUUCGUACUCCGGUCGCUUUGUUAUGCCUACGUUUGCGAUGGUGACAAAAUGCCAACAACAUGCUACAUCACGAAAUUCACCGGGUCGGGUGUCCACCGAUAGAAUCUGCAGUAGGCAUAAACCGUCGGGCAGUGAUGUGAUCUGAAAUGGAUUGGUGAUAAAUCAAGGUUUACUCUUAGUAAGCAGUGCUGUUUUACGUUUAACGUUAGUAAUUUCGCUCGUCCCGCCGACUGCGCCCCGUAAUGUUCCUUAAAUUGUAGUACUUUCGUCACGCUAAGUUAACCUUAAAAUCUCGUUUAAUCAAUAAUAAUCGUACAUGGCAAUUGCACAGCAAUUUUUUUAUUAUCUAGAAUUUUAAUUAGGACUAAACUGUAUAUUUAUAUUGACGAUGAACCUAUCACGGUAGAAUUCUGUCGAGCUCCCAACGAGCCAGCAUGUAAGCUGACUGAUGUCUUUUAUUAUUGGGUAAAAAACAAAAAAAAAAAGCAAAACCACAGAUAACUUUGCUGUGAGCUGUCAUUUUCGGUGCAUAACUACUGAAAGCAUGCCAAAAUCUAGGGCCAAAAUUGCGUUCUUUCACUUCAUGACCAACGAUACUGCUGCGGUCAAAUCACAACCGGUUGAUUUCGUUUGUUAAGUAGAAUUUCAAUUUGUCUUCAAAAUAAAAAAAAGUAAGUCGUCAAAAGCUAUAUUGCUUAUGGGGUCUGUUUUAAUCAUAAUUUCGCCUGACGUAAUUUUUUCCUUGAUGAAUAGCAAACUAAAACAAGCUGUUUGAGUAAAGUAUAGAGCACUUGUGGCAACUUUAGCGGGUUAUUAGGUGCGCAACUAAGUUCUGGUUGUUUUUUUAUUGGGAAAAUGUAAAUGCAACUCUAAAAACCUCUUCGAUUGCUUUACGGGAGUUUUCGUGAUAAUAGUCUCAUUCCUUUCCACGGCACCUUCCAAGGCAAUGCUGGAUAGCAGGUUAGAGAGUGCAUCCCCUUGCUUCAUUCCAUCAAACGUCACGAAAGCGGCUAAAGUCUUACUCGUUGUUCUGACGCAUGAUUUUGGCCCAGCCAGCGUCGCAUGAAUCAACGUAAUUAGUUUCGUCAGCAAACCAUGUUCUAGCAUUAUCUGCUACAGCUCGUUUUAUUAAACUGAAUCGUACACCGCCUUAAAGUCCAUAAACAGAUGAUGAUGAGUCUACAAGUUGUACUCCAGGAACUUGUCUCCGUGGUACUCCCGCAACUGGAAGGACUUCGCUAAUGGCCUCCGAGAUUGUCGAACCGAGGACGCAGAAUUACAGCAGUAGAGCAAUUGUCCACAGACGAAAAACGAUAUUCAAUGCCCUUGGCUUUUAAAUUAUAAGGAACCCAAGUUCCUUAUUUGUGAAUCAAUUCCAAUGCAGAUAAUGACUUGGAAAUGACAAUCUAUUAACAAACAGCGAGAAUUUUGUUGCGCAUCUAAUAAAUAUGUUCCCUGUUCAUCAUAAAUUUAAUUUUUUUUUGCUAAAAUUCAAGAAGCUUCGAUCGGUCAUUUGAAUAGAAAAUUUCCAAUUUAGUCAUUUUGAGACGGACUCAAACGAGCUGUAAAGAACUACUUAUCGACAGAACUUUGAAAGCAAAUCAGAACUGUACAAUCUGGAGUUAAAAUUAGAGAUAAAAAUGAUCAAAUCUUUGAUCUGUCAGGACAUACAAAACUGAUCCACUAUAGUGCGCUCUGCACCUUUCCCUUAUGCAGUCUAUUUCAUCAACUCAGGGACCAUAAGCCGACUUUACUAUCGAAAAAUUACAGUAUACAUAGCUAACCGUGUAGUUAAUCCAAAGUAAAAGCUCCACCCCGUUUGGAAUAUGAGAUUAGCUGGUUGCUUGCUAAAAAAACAACAACACACUUAUGUGUCUUUUUUCAACGAUUAAUAAAUUUAACGAGCAUCGAAAGCGCAUUUCAGCUAGUAAAACUGUUUUUUUAUUCUGAUUCCAUCGCAGGAUAGGGGAUGAUUUGCUCUAAAAAAUUUUCUGUGAA